UUGUUUUGUUUUAUAACACAUACGCCCUUCUGGCAGCCAUUUUGUUGAAUGUAUAAGUAUUUUUAUUCAAGCAAAAAAAAUGUUAUAAAGUAAUAAUUAUAUUUUAAAAAAUGGAAAAUAAUUUAGCACAUGUUCAAUCUAGCGAUUCGACUGUAGUAAAUACAAUAGUUGGACAAUUGAAAUCGCAAGGAAUUUUUGAUGAGUUUCGAAGAGAUUGUAUUGCUGAUUUUGAUACUAAGCCUGCAUAUCAGAAUUUAAGACAAAGAGUGGAGAUAUAUGUCUCAAAAUUUCUCUCUGAACAAACAUGGUGCACAGAUCUCAAUAAAAAUCAAGUUCGUGAUAAUCUUCGGAGAUCAAUUAAUGAGUCUGGUAUGUUAGCAUGGGGUAUGGAUCAUUUAGUAGAACAGGUUGUAACUCCUAAAAUUUAUCAAGUAUUCUAUCCAAAAAUUGAAACAAUUGUGAAAGAUUAUUUGGGAUUAAAUAAUAUUCAGCCUGAACCAGCAUCUGCACUAGCACCAACAUCAGCACCUCCACCACCACCACCACCUCCACCACCUCUUCCACCUGAAAAUAAUAAUUGUGAUAAAGUUUCAGAAAUAAAACCACCUGAACCACAAGAAGAACCAAAAUCUAGUGAAAAUGAACUAUUAUCCGAAACCAAUUCGACUAUUAAGACAGAUGAUGAUAAUCAAUCUACAGUUGCAGAAAAAAUACAAUUGUCAACAAAUGAGUUAAACAGUGAAUUGAAAGCAGACGAAACUCCAACUGAAAGUAAAGGAGGAAAUAAUGAAAAUGUUGAAUUGGAAAUUAAAAUUGAUCAAACGGAUAAUUUACAGUCAGUAAAUAAGGAUUUAAAUGAUAACAAAAAAAUUGAAGAAAAUAAAGGUACUGUUGAGAAAAAAAUUGAACAGGAUAAUCAGUCUUUAAUGGAAAAACCCAAGGCUUUAAAAGAAAAAGAUAAAGAAGUUAAAAUAAAGAGAGACAGAACUUUAUCUGAAUGUAGUGAUAAAGAAACACCAAAGAAUGCAAAUGAUAAAAAAGAACAGUUGAAAACUGAAACUAGUAAGAAAACUGUUUCUCAAGUAACUAAGAAUGAAAAAGAUAAAAGAUUAGAAAAGCACAAAUUUGGAGAGAAGUCAAAAAUAGAUUCAUCAAAAACUAAAGAUUUGAAAAAACAUGAUUCUGAAAAAAUUGAUAAAAAGAAGUCUGUAGAAAGUAAAUCAAGUUCAGAUUCAAUGAAAAUGAAAAUGGGAAAAUCACAAGAAAGUCAUGGAAAACUUCAUAAACAUGAAGGAUCAGUUUCAAAGAUUAAAUCAUCUUCUCAUAAUAAAGAUAUAAAACCUCACAAAAGUGAUAUUAAAAACAAAUCAGAUUCUAAUGUGAAAUCCCUUAAAACACCAGAGAAAGUAGCCAAAGGUGAUAAAUCUAAAGUUAAAAAUGAUUUGAAAAGUAAAAAUGAUAACGAAAAAACUAAAUCUCCAGUUAGUGAAUCUAAAGUGAAAUCAUUUCAAGAAAAGAUUAUCAAACAUUCUUCAGAAAAAACCAAAUAUUCAGAUACUAAAAUGAAAUUGCAUUCCAAGAGUGAAAUAAAAUCUAAAAGUAUUGAAUUGAAACAGCCAGAAGAUAGCAAAAAUAUAACUUUGAAAACAGAUUCAUUAGAUAAACAGAAAUAUUUAACACCUGAUAAAAAGAAUAUUGAUAAAUCAAAAUCAGUUGAGAAACAAGAUGAUAAGUCUGAUCAACAUUCAGAAAAUAAAAAAAAUAAAAUUGAAUCUAAAUCUGUUUCAAGCCUUAAAAAAUCUGAAACGAGUAAAGAGAAACUACAUAAUAAACUUUUGGAAAAGAGAAAGAAAAAGGAAAAUGAUGCUAACAAGGAACAUGAAAAUCAAAAGAAAUUAAAACUUCAAAAAGAAAAAUGUAAACUUGAUAAAGUUUCAGAGAAAAAGAAUUCUGAUAAAAAAUAUAAGAUUGAUAAAAUAUAUGAUGUAACCAAAAAAGAAGAAAAAAAGAAUGAAAAGAUUAAAGACAAAAAUAUUUCAAAAUUAAAAUUUGAAGGACAAGUAAUGAAAUCAGUCAGUAAAUCAUCAAAAUCAGAGUAUGAUGUAAAGUCAAAAAUUUCUGCUGAUAUUCAGAAUAAAUCUGAAAAUAUUAAAACAUCUAGGAGUAGUUCUGAUAGUAAAGAGUGUGAAACAGAAUCAACUUGUAUGAGUACCUUUAGUCCUGAUGUAUGCAGUGAGGCAGAAUCAAGAAGCAGCAAAGAAAAUGAUAUUUUAGAGACUUCGAGGCCAAUAUUAGGGAUAUCACCAUCACAAGAAGAAAGCAGUUCUGAAGAUAUUUUUGAAGGUUUUAAAAAAGAAAAGCAGAAAUCAGAAUUAAGUAGUCAGAUUACAGAACAAGAUGAAAUUCAGCUAAUAAAGGAAGAUCUGAUGGAUUUGCAGUCAAUGGAUAAUGACAAAAAUAUAUCAAAAAGCUCCCAGGAUGGCCUACGUGAUUUGGCAGCUGGAGAUGAAGAGGAAGGUGCUUGGUCUGAUGUGACAAUCAGUUCAGUUCAUACCAGUGAUUUAUCUUCUUUUGAUGACCGUAUCAGUCUGUCUUCCAGUGAAGAAGUUGAAUUACCACCAAAAGAUGAUAUUACUCACAAAGAGAGGAAGAAAGUGCCAUUGAAAGAGAUAAAGAAAUUAACCAAAUCCCAGGAUAGUGAUGAGAAAGAGAAUAGUGAAGUUGUCAUUGAAGAUGACAAAAGUAAAGAAAGUGGUAGUGAUAAUAAGUCUGAGAAGUGUGAAAAUUCUGCAUUGGGUGAUCAAAAUCAGGAGGUACUACAAGAGAGUAGCAAAGAAGAAAAUUUGAGCUCUAAGCCUAAAACAGAACCUAAAUGGGAGCUUCGGAGACAGAGAAAAAUUAAUCCUCGAUAUGCAUCGGAUGAAUUUUCUUCUAUCUUUAAUAAUAGCAAAUGGUCUUGCAGUAGUUCAAGUAGUGCUGAUUCUGAUUCUUCCAAUCAUUCAGAUAAAGCUUCUAAUCAAGAAGCUAAACAAAGUGAUGAUUCUUCUUCUGCUAACAGUGAUAAUGAAGAAGCUGAAAUGAAUAGUAAGAAGACAAAAAGAAAGCAUUCAAAGAAUUUAGAAAUUGAACAGAGUAAAGCAAAAAAAGUAAAAGAAAAUCAAGAAUUGAAAGAAACUGUACACGACAAAAAAGAAAAUUCUGGCAGACGGACUCGAUCAAAAUCUCUUGACACACAUUCUUCUAAUAAAGACAGUGAUUUGGCUUCCAUUCCUGCAUGUACUGAAAAUGAAACCAGUAAUACAGAUAUAAAAACCAAAACUUCUGAAUUAAAUCCUUUACCAGAUAGUUCAAAAGAAGUAAGGAAUAGCAGAAAAGAAAAUGCGAAACAGGAUUUGUAUAGCAAAACAGAUGAGUCAGACAUACAGAUAUGCACUAGGAAACGUCAGAGAGAUCUUUCUCCCAGUUCAUCUAAAAGGAAACGAUAAUUCUCUUCCACGAUGACCUAUAACAUUGCUGUGGUUUUCCGUACUAAAUUUUGUAACCUAUAGUUCGUUUUAUAGCUUGAUUUGUUAAAACAAAUCAUGGACACUUCAUAAAAUAUGAUAUUCAAAUCAUUGGAAUGUCUAUUAAAAAAAACUGUCAGGUUUUCUUCCAAUUUUUGGAACAGACUGAUUUAUAUUAGAGAAAUCUUUUUAGGAAAAUAUUUUGAUAGCUAAUCAUUUGUAAAUAAUUCAUUCAUGAAACCAAAUCCAUAUAAAUCAACAUUUGUAUUAAUUAUGAUAUAUAUCAUAAUUCAUCAUUUAAGAUAAAAUCUUUGAAUUUAAUAUGAUAGUAGACUCACCAGAAAGUAUUAAGAAUAUUUAGAUUUCAUUAUCAAAUAUAACUGACAGACCUAUAAUUAAAAUUACACAUUUAUAUAUAAUAAAUGUAUCUUUUUAAAUAUGAAUGACGUCUCUCAAAUAUACUUAUAUAUGCUAAUACUCACUUUUAAUGUAAGAUUUAUGACUAAAUUUGUUUACAUAAGUGUUGUCUCAUUCACUUAUAAAAUGUCAAAUUUAUGUUUCAAUUGUGUUUUUAUCCUUUGUAGAUCAUUUAAAUAAAUAUGAUCAUUUUUUUUAUACUAAUUAAGUAUAAUUUACUUAAAAUUUUGACAUUGAAAAAUAAUUGUAGCAUGUGUUUGCUUAAUAUAUUUUUGCAUCGUGGAUUUAUACAUUGAUGCAUACAAAAUAUCUUUUCAUUUACAUAUCUCAAACAAGAUUGUAAAUAAUAUGAGGUAAUAUGUUCUCAUUUAUUUUAUUUUACAGUGUGUUUCAAUCAAGAGAGAAAUAUAUGCUCAUUUUUAACAUUGUAAAUUUAUACUUAGAGAGUAUUUAGUUUACUUAAUAUUGAAAAAUUAGCAAUAAAAAAUUGUUUCUAUAGCAAAUUCUUGUGUAGGGAGGUUAUUAUAUGAUAAUGCUGUUUUAAUUCAAACUUCUAAACAUUCUUUUAUAAUAAGCUUGUUUUAAACACACAAAGUAGACCCCAAAAUAAAUAGGAGAAAAUAUUUACAUAAUUGCUUUUAUUAGUGAUGUUUAAACAUUCAUAAUUUGAUUAAACACUAAAUAUAUGAUAUAAUAAUUUUUUGGAGUACAGUAAUACCCCAAAUUUACGCGAUAGGUGGAACCAAGCGGUAAGCGCGUAAGUCGAA